CUUCUCAUUUCCUAUUUCUAUAUUUCUAUUUGCUUUAUGCUUACCCUUUGGCAGGUAUCACUCUCCCUCUCCAAUUCAUGUUUAUUUCUCUUAGCCAAGAUCUUUUCAUUUAUAUAUUUAUUGGAUUAUUUUGAAGGGUGAUAUCAAUAUCAUGGUUCAAACAUGCUAGCGUUGUAUGCUCCCAGAGCUAUUCUAAAGUGCCAUUUACAUCAAGAUUCAGCUUCUGCUCAACAAACAUAUCCAUGCAAGAUCAACAAUAAUGUUAAUUUCGUGAAUUGCAAUCCUAAACCUUUUGGGAGUCCUUCUGGUAAUAUAUUAUUUUAUAGUUCAUCCUUCUAUGGGAAAUGUGAUAAGCUACAGAAGAGUGUUCAUCUACUCCAUCAUGUUGCUACACAUAAAUGGCUGCAGUGUGGAUUACAGGAUUCCAUUUCAUCUGAUGAUGAGUUUCGUUCUUCACGCAACAUAGCCAUCAGCUUGUUUAGGAGAUACAGGAACUUCAUUGUUCGUGGUGGAGGUGACAAUCUAAAAGAGUUCAUCAGUGCUGGGGUAAAUGCAUAUGCGCUUGGAUGCACUGAUGAAGGAUUAAGGAAAGAACUUACUGAUAUGAAGGACUCGGGGGUUGAAAUUGAAGCAAUGCAAAGUUAUGGUGGAAGCACAAGUUUGAAAUCUAAGAUCAUCUCAGAGGAGGUUGAUGAGUGCAUUCUCUGGUUAAGCAUUAUAUUCAUCACCAUCUUGUGUACACCCCAACCAACUAUUGUUAGAUGGUCAUCUACACCUCCAGUGUCAGAUGAAGUGAGACUUCAGUGGAAAGGCUUUUGUGCUCUAAUAGCAAAUGCAUAUUUUAUGAAGGGAAUGGCUUGGCUUCCCGUAAAGACUCUUCAAUUAGAGCAAACGGCUGUGAUGGGUCAAGCUGAGAAACCGUCAGUUGUUGCUAGCCGAAUGCGAUUAGUCUUUAGCACACUUGAGGUAGUGAGUCCACAAUGGCCAAGAGUUUAGAGCCUGAGAUCAAGUUAAAUCUGUCUCCCAGCAAUUUCACAUAGAGUUGUAUUCCGUAUUUGCUAACAAGGGGGGAGCAAUAUCAUACCAUGGAGGAUAUUUAGAAAGAAAAUAAAAGAAAAACUCAAUGUAGUUUAAGUACGGUCAAUGCGUUGAUAUGGAUUUGUAUUAUAUUAAAUGUUAUAUUAUGUAAUGUCGUUUCUGUGCCACACGAUAUUAGGGGAAAACUAAUCACUAAUUGGUCCAAAUAACACAGGAUUGUUUUU